GAUUCUUUAGGUUUAACUUUAAACCAAAACCGACAUGAUCUCUAACAAUACGGUUUAUACCGUCACUUUUGCUAAAACUCUUACUUUACUUGUAAGCAAUUUGCUGGAUUAUUCACCUCAAAAGCGUGAAAACAUAAACUAAAAAAUCUCUUUCUUUAUAAGAAAAUUCAUGACUGAUCACUCGCUCAUCAUUUAUAUAUACAAAAGAUUUGUAGAAGAAUUCUCACCCAGAAAAAAAAUCAAACAACAUGGCUAAAGCAUGGAUGUGCCUUUGCUUCCUCAUCUUCUUCUACCUCUCGUCAGAAAUAAACUUUAUCAAAGUCAACGCAGAGAUGAAGACUUGGUGUGUUGCUAAACCAUCUUCGGAUCAAGCAGCACUUCUAGAUAACAUAAACUACGCAUGCUCUCAUGUGGAUUGUCGCGUUUUAUCGAGUGGAUGUCCAUGUUACUCCCCCGGUAAUCUUAUAAACCAUGCUUCUGUCGCCAUGAAUCUUUAUUACCAAGCUAAUGGAAGAAACUAUUGGAACUGCAAUUUCAAGAACUCUGGACUUAUUGUCAUAACCAAUCCAAGCUAUGGAAACUGCUACUAUGACUACAAAUGAGCAAAAAUCAUAAGACUUCAUACGUCUUUGUUACAAGAAAUCAAAGGAGCAUGCUUUACGAGUUUUUAAUCUUAAUUAUCCAAAAUUCAAAUUUUUGAUAUUUCAAGUGUUAAAUGUUUAGUUAUUGAAAGUUUAUCAGCAUGCAAGUACACUUACCCAUACGGUCAAGAAAGAGUUUAACGUAAGUUUUUUUUUCAGAA